UUGAAGACACUAUAUUACUGUCAUAUUUUAAACUUUUCCUUCUUCCACUCUCUCUCUCUCUCUCUAGAUCUCUCUCUCUUCUCAUUGAGCCACUCCAUGUCCCCCCACCUAUCCCACUCUUGCUCCAACUAGUGCGAGAAAAGGUCCCCAGUUCUCAACACAUAAUAAUGCUGCAUAUUAAUAUAUAAUUAACUAAUUUCCUCAUCUCACAUGCAUGCACCUUCCUCUCUUACUUUCAACUCCCCGGCCCUCCUCUAAAAGAAGAAGAGCAAUGGGUAGUAGUACUCCUCAACUUCUAAUCCUUGUCGUUUUCACCAUAUUCCUCUCCUCCACUCCCUCCCACAAUGCGGCCCACGGCUACUCUUACUCCAACCGCACCACCGCCGGCGAAUGCGGAUGCGCGGACCCUCCGGCCCCUCCGCCGCCUCCGCCGCAGCCCUCCGACUUCCUCAACAUGAGGCAGUACCAGGCCUACCUGGUGAUCCAAGCCUUCAAGGCCACCAUCACCUGCGACCCGAACAACGUCACCGCCAGCUGGGUCGGCUCUCGGCCCUGCAACUACACCGGCUUCUUCUGCGCUGCCCCUCCGGACGCCACCGACAUGCCGACCGUCGCCUCCAUCGACUUCAACGGCUUCCGCCUCUGCGCCCCCUCCCUCGUGGGCUUCCUCGACCGCCUCCCCGACCUCGCGCUCUUCCACGCCAACUCCAACAACUUCUCCGGCCCCGUCCCCGACCUCACCCGGCUCCCCUUCCUCUACGAGCUCGACCUCAGCAACAACAACCACUCCGGCGCCUUCCCCGCCGCCGUCAUCCCCCUCAGCAACCAGCUCGUCUUCCUCGACCUCCGCUUCAACGCCUUCUCGGGGGCGGUCCCCGGCUCCGUCUUCCUCCUCGACCUCGACGUGCUCUUCCUCAACAACAACAGGUUCGGACAGCGCCUCCCCGCGGAGCUCUGGAGCUCCCCGGCCGCCUACCUCACCCUCGCCAACAACGGCUUCACGGGGCCGAUACCGUCGUCCAUCGGCAACGCCUCUUCGGUGCUGCUCGAGGUGCUCCUCCUCAACAACCGGCUCACCGGCUGCCUGCCCUACGAGAUCGGGCUCCUCGGGAACGUCACCGUCUUCGACGCGGGCGGCAACCUGCUGACCGGCCCGAUACCGCUCUCCUUCGGCUGCCUGGCGAGGCUCGAGCAGCUGAACCUGGCGGGCAACCUGCUGUACGGGCCAGUGCCGGACGCCGUCUGCUGGCUGGCGAGGGUCGGCAGCCUGGCCAACCUGUCGCUGUCUGAAAACUUCUUCACGUCGAUCGGCCACAGCUGCUGGCGGCUGCUCAAGAGCGGAGUGCUCGACGUCCGCCGGAACUGUAUUCCGGGGUUCCCGGACCAGCGGCCGGUGGCCGAGUGCCUGCACUUCUUCUUGUUCCCCAAGUUCUGCCCCUUCCUUCCUUUCGUUCCGUGCGUGAAUUUUCCCGAUUGGCCAUUCAAGCGUCAAGCAGCAGCAGUGGCGAACGGAGAGGCGGCGCCGCCGCCGCCAAAGAACAAGUAUGUGGGCUACAGUGCACUUCGUAACAAGCCUGGGUAUUAAUGGUGGAACAAGAAGAAGAAGAAGAAGUCUUAUUUUUUAAUAUAUAUAUAUAUAUAUAUAUAUAUAUAUAUAUAUAGUUUGAUUAUAAUGAUUGUAAAAGCACAAAACAUUUGGUGCUUGUAAAGAAAUAUGCCGCUAAAAGGACUAUUUAAUGCUAAUUUUAAAUUGCUAGUGGCGCAUGAAUAUAAUGCCGCUAAUACAAAUACUUUUAGCAACAUUUCUUAAAUGCUAAUUUUAACAUGUUUAUUAGUGGCAUGAAUAAAAUGCCGCUAAUACAACACUUUUAGCAGCAUUUCUUGGUA